AUGCAUGCUAUGGCGGCUGUAACUGCUGUGACUACCGUAACUGCUAUGCAUGCUAUGGCGGCUUUAACUGCUGUGACUAAUGCAACUGCUAAGGCUUCUAAGAUUUCCGUGACUGCCGGAGCUGCUAGAGCUGCUAUAUUUACUGCAACUGCUAUUUCUGCCAUUGCUGGUAUGACUGCUAUGACUUCUGGAGCUGCUGUGACUGCCGUGACUGCCAUGACUGCCAUGGCCGCUGCCACUACCAGAGCCUCUGCAACUGCAGCUGCUGUGAUUGCAUGGCUGCUGUGUCCCAUCUUUUUUGCCUACUGCCGUUGGUUGUGGCAGAUGGUGCAAGUAUCUUGA